GCCCCUCUGAAUAAUCUGCGCAGGUUCGCAGAGGCGUGUUGUUGUUUUUAAAACGACCGAGGUUAUGACUGGCGGGAGCGAGUUUCACAAAAGCUACGAUAAUAACAGCAAGGACUCCGAGCCUACAAUGGACGUGGACAUGGACUCUAGUCAUAUGGAAAGUGAGCGGGGUGACUUGGACAGUAGUAUCCCGGCUGCGUGCUCCUCCAACGGCAGUGGCGCGGAAGAGGACGAGGCGGAGGCCCUCGGCCGUUUGAGAGAAGCCGGGUGCUCGAGUAGUCACAUCCAGGACGGAGGCGGAGUGUUCUGCGGCGGAAGGGAGCAGGAGGUAUCGGUGGAAAUCGGAGAGACGUAUUUAUGUCAACGAGCCGACAAGACGUGGCAUACAGCAGAGGUUAUUCAGUCCCGGUUGAAUGAACAGGAGGGCAGAGAGGAGUUCUAUGUUCACUACGUGGGAUUCAACAGGCGGCUAGACGAAUGGGUGGGCAAGGCCCGCCUGGCACUCACCAAGACGGUGAAAGAUGCGGUGAGGAAGAGCACUGAGAUGAUCGGCAGCGUCGGUGAUUUGGGCGAACAGCCCGAGAGGAAGAUCACUCGCAACCAGAAGCGCAAACACGACGAGAUCAACCACGUACAGAAGACAUACGCAGAGAUGGACCCGACAACAGCUGCCCUGGAGAAGGAGCAUGAGGCGAUCACCAAAGUAAAAUAUGUAGAUAAGAUCCAGAUAGGAAACUUUGAGAUCGACGCCUGGUACUUCUCUCCGUUUCCUGAAGACUACGGCAAGCAGCCCAAGCUGUGGAUCUGCGAGUACUGCCUGAAAUACAUGAAGUACGAGAAGACCUUCAGACACCACCUGUCUCACUGUCAGUGGAAGCAGCCUUCAGGUAAAGAGAUCUACAGAAGAAGCAACAUAUCGGUGUUUGAAGUGGACGGGCGGGACCACAAGAUCUACUGUCAAAAUCUGUGUCUUCUAGCGAAACUCUUUCUGGACCACAAGACGCUCUACUUUGACGUGGAGCCUUUUAUCUUCUACAUCCUCACUGAAGUCAACAAACAGGGAGCGCACAUCGUCGGCUACUUCUCCAAAGAGAAAGAAUCUCCAGAUGGGAACAACGUGGCGUGUAUCCUCACUCUCCCUCCGUACCAACGCAGAGGCUACGGGAAGUUCCUCAUUGCUUUUAGUUAUGAGCUCUCUAAGCUGGAGAGUGCAGUCGGCUCUCCAGAGAAGCCGCUCUCUGAUCUGGGGAAGCUGAGCUACAGGAGUUACUGGUCCUGGGUCCUGCUAGAGAUCCUGAGGGACUUCAGAGGAACGCUGUCCAUCAAAGACCUCAGCCAGAUGACCAGCAUCACGCAGAGUGACAUCAUCAGCACGCUGCAGUCGCUCAACAUGGUGAAAUACUGGAAAGGUCAGCAUGUGAUCUGUGUGACGCCCAAACUGGUGGAGGAGCACCUGAAGAGCGCCCAGUACAAGAAACCGCCGAUCACAGUGGACACCAUGUGUUUGAAGUGGGCCCCCCCAAAAAACAAACAAGUCAAGUUGUCCAAGAAGUGAGAGGCGGAGCCACAUCUGUUCAUCACUCCUCCUGUUUUUGUAUCAUCUGCUAACUUCCCCUGCUGUUCUGAAACCUCAUGUAUAUAGUCAUUAGUAGCAUCUGCAUCAGUAUUUUCUUAAAAUAUGUUAACAAAAGAA